AUGGCUUCUAACAUUAUUGUGGAACAACAGUUUUCUCAUAAGUUCACAGUCACCGUGGUCCAGGCCGAGAGUGUGACCAAAGGAGCCCUGGGAGAUUUAUUGGACACUCCUGACCCCUAUGUGGAGCUGUUUAUCCCCACGGCCCCCGAGAGCAGGAGGAAGACCAGGCACAUCGACAACGACAUCAACCCCAAAUGGAACGAGACUUUCCACUUCAUCCUGGAUCCCAACCAGCCCAACGUCCUGGAGAUAACUCUGAUGGAUGCGAACUACGUGAUGGAUGAGACUUUGGGGACAGCGUCUUUGGAGCUGAACAGCCUGAAGAUCGGAGAAACCUCCACCAAGACUCUGCUCAUCGGCAAAGCCACAAAAGUGCACCUGGAGAUGUCCUUGACGAUCUGCACAAACCAGGACCUGCGCUUCAGUGUGGCUCUGUGCGACAAAGAGGAGCAGUUCAGACACAGCCGCAGAGAGAGGGUGAUGCUCGGGAUCAAGAAGCUGCUGGACAUGGAGAAGCCGCGGUACCUGCCCAGCUCGCCAGAGGAGGUCCCGGUGAUCGCCAUCGCCGGCUCAGGAGGGGGCUUCCGGGCCAUGGUGGGUUUCUCCGGAGUCAUGAAGGCCCUGUUCGAGUCCGGCCUCUUGGACUGUGCCACGUAUGUCGCUGGUCUGUCCGGCUCCACAUGGUACAUGUCCACUCUCUACUCACACCCGGACUUUCCAAAUAAGGGCCCGAAGGAGAUCAACGUGGAGCUGAUGAGCCGCGUGAGCAGUAACCCGCUGCGCCUCCUCAUGCCCCAGCACAUCACCAACUACAUCCAGGCUCUGUGGGCCAAGAAGGCCUCGGGGCAGCCGGUCACCUUCACCGACAUCUUUGGCAUGCUGAUCGGAGAGACGCUCAUCCCCGCGAGGAUGGACCGCAGACUCAGUGACAUCCAGGAGAAGGUGGAGCAGGCCCAGAGCCCCCUCCCGCUCUUCACCUGUCUCCACGUCAAACCAGACGUCUCCGAGCUCAUGUUUGCAGACUGGGUGGAGUUCAGCCCGUAUGAGAUCGGCAUGGCCAAGUACGGCACCUUCAUGAAACCAGAUCUGUUCGGGAGCAAGUUCUUCAUGGGGACCGUGGUGAAGCAGUACAGAGAGAACCCUCUGCACUUCCUGAUGGGAGUUUGGGGCAGUGCCUUCUCCAUCCUGUUUAACCGUGUGCUGGGGGUGAGGGAGACCAGGGGAGGCAGCACCAUGGAGGAGGAGCUGGAGCAGAUAAAACCGCAGCACAUUGUGGGGGAGGACAGCAUGGACAACGACGACGAGCCACGGAAAGCAGCGGGAUCGGAGAACACAGAGGCUGAGGAGGAGUUCCACCGCACGGCGCAGGCCAGCUGGGUCCAGAGGAUGAUCACGUCCAUGUUCAGUGACUCUUCUCUGUUCAACACCAGAGAGGGCCGCGCCGGGAAAGUGCACAACUUCAUGCUGGGACUGAACCUGACCCCCAGUAUCCCCUACAACCUGCAGUACACGUGUGAGGCCCCCACCCCAGAGGACGAGGUGGACGCUGUGACUGACCCUGACGAGUUCGACCGCAUCAACGAGCCUCUGGACGUGAAGAGUAAGAAGAUCCAUGUAGUGGACAGUGGUCUGACCUACAACCUGCCGUACCCCCUCCUGCUGCGGCCCCAGCGCACUGUGGACCUCAUCAUCUCCUUCGACUUCUCCGCCAGACCCAGCGACUCCAGCCCGCCCUUCAAAGAGCUGUUACUGGCUGAAAAAUGGGCUCGGAUGAACAAGCUCCCGUUCCCGAAGAUCGACCCCAAAGUGUUCGACCGCGAGGGGCUGAAAGAAUGCUACGUGUUCAAGCCGCGGAAGGGAGAGAAGAACUGCCCCACCAUCAUCCACUUUGUCCUGGUCAACAUCAACUUCAGGACGUUCAAGACGCCCGGCGUUGCCAGGGAGACGGAGAAGGAGAAAGAAGCCGCAGACUUCGACAUCUUUGACGAUCCGGAGACGCCUUUCUCCACCUUUAACUUCCAGUACAACAACAAGGCCUUCACCCAGAUGCACGACCUGAUGGAGUUCAACACGCUCAACAACCUCGAGGUGAUUAAGGACUGCAUAAAGGACUGCAUUGCGGCUCGGAAAGAGAGCUCCAUGUGCGGAGGCCUCCCCUUCUCUCUCAGCGCCAUCCCCAAAAAGAAGCUUUCCAAACGGGACUUUGAGCCUAAACCCUGGAACCACUUCAACAAAUAA